AUGAGGAAGUUGUUGUUUGGAGUGUCCGUACUGGUGGUGACGAUCUGGGGAAUGACCCACCGGGGUGGUUCCUGUGGUCGAGAUGCCAUUCCCAGCAAAAUUGCUAUUAAUGCCGAAGGCACACCAGUGUUAUCUUGCGACAGCCCUGCCUGCAUUGGACGUGGUUCUCCUGAUAAUAUGAGAGCGGAAUGUGAGCAAGAUUUUACGGAGACAGUUUGUGUCGGGGAGGAUGAGUGGACGGCUGGGUUGAUUGAGAGCACUAAUGGAACGCAUAUUACGCUCCGAACGCUUUGCUGCAUGUACGAGCCGUUGGCCAACGCAAAAGAACUGCAGACAGUGCUCUUGUAUGCGAAUGAAUCGUUUGAGGGUGGUAUCGUUGAGCAUCACGGCCGCAUGACUGGAUUUGAUUUGGUGAAAGAAGUCCGAAAAUCCGUUGAUGAGGAAGGAAUCGUUCAAUACAUUGUCACCGUCUUCCGGAUGGCCUGCCACGACGAGGACUAUGGAAAAUUAAAACACGCCCCUCUCCUUGGAGAUUAUCCCAAGAAGCACGGCUCUUUCGAGAUUGACAGCUAUUUCCCGCAUAAGAGAGGACGUUAUGCAAAUAAGGAUGUCUUGAAGAGGAAAGUGUCUCUCUUCCCGGAAAAUGGUGUCAUCCCAGAGCAAGACUCCGGAUAUGGUAACAAUGCUCCAGCCUAUGAUCCCGAACCCGUUCGACCUCAAAUUAGCGGACCUGAGCCACUCGAGCAGAAUUACGAGAGCGGACCCCAGCCACCACCUGCCGCUCCGGCUUCUCAACAGGGUGGAUAUGAUCAGCAGCCGCAGCAGGUGGCUGUGCAGCAACAGCAGCUGGAGCAGCAGCAGCCACAGCCGAUUUCACCAAGCUCGGGCCCAGUCCCCCCCAGCGCCAAUCCAAAACGGAGGAGCCUACGCCACCGCCCAAAGCUACCCCGCCUA